AUGUCCAAAAAACUCGUUGUCGUUACCAAUGCUACCGGAAAGCAAGGGAGCUCGGUUUUGAAUGCUCUACUCGAACAUGGUGGUUAUCUAGCACGGGGACUGACUCGUGAUACCACGUCGGCCGCCUCAAAGGCUUUUACAGCAAAAGGGGCCGAGAUGGUCCAGGUUUCGGUGACAGAUAAGGCUGGUCUUGCGGCUGCUUUCCAAGGGGCCUAUGCCGUGUUUGGAUACACGAUCCUUAGAUCAGCGGAUUCUGAAAGCGUCCAAGGCAAGAACAUGGUCGAUGCUUGCCUCGCUAACAAUGUCCCAUUGUUCAUCUGGUCGUCCUUGCCGAGUGCUUCUGACCUUGCUGGGCAGAAUGCCAAGUUUGCACUUCUGGACCACAAGGGCGAGGUCAACACAUACCUGAACACCACCGGGCAAGCAGCGGUGACUCUCUACAUGGGAGUUUUCUCCGAAAAUCUGUUCAACCAACGUCAGCUCGUACGUGUAUCUCCGGGGAAAUGGGAGAUUCAGUAUCCUAUCGCUCCGGCAGCGAUGAGACAGCCAUUUUCGUACAUCGGAAAGGAUACAGGCGGUGUGGCGGUCGCGAUUAUCGAUCACUGGUCGGAUGCCAGCUGGAGGGAGAAGCUGACAGAGAACCCGAUCCCGAUGUGCUCGUACAAGAUAACUGGUACAGACAUGGCCAAGAUCCUCUCGCAGACCACGGGCAGCACAGUCACAUAUGAGAGGCAGGAGGAGACUGUCCCAGAGCCCUUGAAAACGAUGUGGACUAUGGCCGUCAAGUACUGGAACUACGAUGAUCCGAUUCCGCCCAAGAUCCUCGUUGAUCUUGGAGUGAAGUUUCACACCUUCGAAGAUUUCGUCCGGGAGGAAGUAGCGCCGUUCAUGGAGAAAUCAGAAGCUGAGGACAAGGCGUGA